AUGGCUGAACCGCCGCAGCAGCCGCAACAACACCCAAACCUCCCUUCUUUUGCCGCGCGGGCUGCCAUAGCCCGCUCGCGCUUCCAAGAAGGGUCCAUGAACGAUCGUGUGUCCGCCGCGCCGCCUGCAGACUUUUUGGGAAGUACGCAGGCUGAAGACGUUAUCGAGGUUGGCCGCCUGGCGUACACGACCACGGCAAGCUCUGAUACAACGUACAAUGCCAGUCGUGACAAUGACAAGAGCAAGAUGAACCGUCGCUCGGUGCAGUCCAACAUUUCGGGCGGGUCUUCGUCUUCCAAGAAGUCGGGGUUCUUCGGGCCGCUCCUGGACGGCCUCAAGGAGAAGCUGGGCCUUGGGCGCAGCAAGUCGAGCCACAACUUUGGCAAGGACAGCAGGGGUGGUAGCAGCAGCAGCAGUGUUGGCAGCCAGGACAGUGUGCAUGCGCCUCCCCCUCUGCCGCAGAAGCCGUCUUCGUCGGCGCACAUGAUCUCCAACUCGGCACCCAACACUCCCACAUUCCCCAAUUUUGACGCGGCAGCGGCCGCCACGGCAGGCGGCACCAGGCCUAGCAGGGAGGAGAUUAUGGCUAGUUACCAAAAUCUGAUGAAGUCGGGCUUCUUUGACGCCCACGUCAUCCAGUCCUCGCGCCACGCACCUCCCGGGUCGCGACCUGGAACGCUCCCGUCGCAAAUGUCGCAGUCGCGUCCGUCUACCAGCGCUGGUCGACCCCAGCCUGACCAAUUCCAGUUCCACAGCCGGGAUGGGGAGGUUGAGCAGCAAUCGUGUGCGCAGCCGCCGGAGUCACCAUACCGUGGCACCAAGCGUAGCCGCGCUGAUGGUGACGAGGCAGGGCAUGGUGGCUCCACGGCGGGGCAUAGACUGAUCAAGAAGCUCCGAAAGUCGACCAGCCGCCUGGCGGAUAAGAAGCCCUUUAGCGGCCAGCCUCUGUCUUCGCCAACCGAGGAGACCUUUACCGGGUUGGGCAUAAUGAACCAGCAGCCCCAGCAACAGCAGAGCAAUGACCAUGAAAGUGCUCUGAGUGGGAUGAAGAAGCUCACAAAGUCGCUCUCACGGAAGAACCUAGGUGGAAGUCUGCGUGGCAGGGACAAGGGACCUGUGUCUAAUGAUCAAACACUUCCUGAUAUUGCCGCUGGCUGGAACGGAAGGCAGGAUCAUCGAAACGGGUCUGAGCUCCCUCGACAGCGCGACGACGAGAUCAUGAACGACUCUCAAUACAGACAGCGCCGCGCAGAGCGAAGACAGCACCAGCACCAGACUCCACUUAGCUCUCCGAUCCGAUCACCCCCGCAACUCCCCAGCCCGCGUACCAGCUUCGAGAGGAGCCCAUCGCGCGAUCAGUCCCAGCACCAUCACACUCUAAGCUCCCCAAACAAACUACAGCGUCGGAUGCCUUUGCAGAAUGGUGGCAGCGGUACCGCCAGGCAGGCGCCAGGCCAGUCCCCGUACCGGAGCAGCAUGCCGCCCUCAACGCACUGCAACUCUACGUCGUCCAGGCAUAGCAUGAUGCUCUCGUCCGUCACGGCACCAACGGUGGUCCCAGUGCCGCCCCCGAGCUUCCACUACCCACAGCGUCGGAGACCUCAGCCGCUAUCAGCCGAGCCGCUACGCGUGUCGCCUAGCGGCGGCGGAGGCAACAGGCGCUCCACGGCGGUCGCGAUGGGAGUGAAGCAUUAUGCCAGCAUGGAUGUCGUCAUGGUUGACGUCGGCGACUGCGAGAACAAGAUGCGUUACUGA